AUGAAGAAAACGGACGGGGUGUUGAAUGGUUUUAUUGCUGGUCAUUGGGAUUCAAUGGUGAAAAGUGUAGAAACUGAUCUAAUAACUAAGGCCCCUCCAAACGGCGUUCUCCAAGCACUGGCAAACCGUUGCAAUGAGGACUCGGUUGGUUUAUUUCCAGCCUGUAAUAUUCACACCUUGGCUAAUCUUACGGCAAUAACUCAGGGACCUGAAGUACAAAAAAUCAUUUCCGAUGGAAGAGGAUUUUUAAUCAGUAAAAUAGAGAAGUCUGAUUUCAGUGUAAUGAGGUCCCUUAAAGGCGAUAUCAAAGUGGUACUAGGGAAAUGGAACAAUGCUUCCCAUCGACUCAAUAAUAACUUAACCGAACUGUUCCGUUUAUCUGAUCCUGGUAAAAUAGAUAACCAUGUUAUUACGUCUCUCAUUUCAAAUUUGACGAGUUUCAAUGCUACUGUGCCUGCUCUUAUACGAGCUGAAUUUGAACGUGGCCUUCGGAUUUUGAAAGAACUAAAUUCGUUGAUGCUAGCACUAUCGAAAACUUUGACAAAGCUCAAACCGAAGGUUGAAGGUAUCAAAAAUAUCACAAAUGAACUUAAAUCCCAGCUAACUGAUCUCUCCAACUAUCUUGAGUAUCCAACCCAAGUUUUAACAAAUGUAAGCCUCCUGGAAUUUGAAGUCAUUUCCAAGUAUAAUGAAACCGAAGUUCAAUUUCUUGCAUCUUUCGUGACCAACGACACAUUUGGCUUUGCAAAUUUGACUAGGGAAUUUUUCCCCUGUAAGAAAGCCCACGAAGCAUACAAAGCUGUUAUGUCAAUUACUUGUGAUCCAUCGGGUCCCAUUAACCACGCCAUCGGUUUCAUCACAAUCACCGCCUCCACAAUCCUCUCCCUUACACUCCUCUAUGUGGCAUUGUUCACAUUGGCCUCCUCUCAGGCUUCCCAAGUACGGAUGCUGGAGAAAUAUGCAAACGACAACAGUCUGUAUGCGAAGAACAGUACUUUCACUCAUCCAAUCCUGGAGUGGGCUGAGUAA